AUGGCCACCGCCGACCUCGUCGAUUUCCAAAACAUCUUCUCCCUGGAGGGCAAAGUUGCCGUCGUGACGGGCGGCUCCCGCGGCCUUGGCCUCGCCGCAGCGUCGGGUAUCUUGCAAGCAGGCGCCUCGAAAGUCUACAUAACGUCCCGAGGCGCCGACGCCUGCGAGGAAGCAUGCGCGACGCUGAACGCCCUGCCGAACAAGCGCGCCGACGCCCAAGCCAUCGCCGUGCCCGCUGAUUCGUCCACCGUGGACGGCAUCCAGGAGCUUGUCAACGGCGUCGCAAAGUCGUCAGACCACGUGGACCUCCUUCUGAUCAACGCCGGCAUGGCGUAUGGCGAGCGGUUCGAGGCGCACGACGAGAAGAAGUGGACCGAGGUCAUGGAUAUCAAUCUCAAGAGCGUGUUCUACACUGUUCAGAAAUUCGCCCCUCUCCUAACGAAGCCGGAGUACGCCAACAUGGCCACUCCCUCACGCGUUAUUGUCACCGCCUCCGUCUCUGGCAUCGGCCCCACCACCCUCGGCGAGGGUGCAACCUUCUCCUACGCCGCCGCCAAAGCCGGCGCGAUCCACCUCGUCCGGCAGCUCGCGCUGGAGCUCGGCCCGCGCAACGUGCUGGUCAACAGCAUCGCGCCGGGGUUUUUCCCGUCGGACCUCGCGGCCCCGCUGAUCGAGCGCAUGGGCGGCGCGGCGGCGCUGGCGCGCUCGCGGCCGAACGGCCGGCUGGGCCGCGGCGAGGACUUUGCCGCGACGGUCGUGUGGUUGGCGAGUCGCGCGGGGAGCCAUGUCACGGGGCAGUGUAUUGUGCUGGAUGGGGGUGGGAGCGUGGGGAAGGUUGUGAGGGAGGAGGAGGAGGAGUAG